AUGCUUAGAAAUGCUAUCGCUCGCGAUGCUCGUGCUGACGAUGCUCGUGCUCACAAUGCUCGUGGUCACGAUGCUCAUGAUCACGAUGCUCGUGCUCACGAUGCUCGUGGUCAUGAUGCUCGUGCUCACGAUGCUCGUGCUCACGAUGCUCGUGCUCACGAUGCUCGUGCUCACGAUGCUCGUGCUUACGACGCUCGUGCUCACGAUGCGCGUGGUCACGAUGCGCGUGCUCACGAUGCUCGUGCUCACGAUGCUCAUGCUCACGAUGCUCGUGCUCACGAUGCUCGUGCUCACGAUGCACGUGGUCACGAUGCUCGUGCUCACGAUGCUCUUGGUCAUGAUGCUCGUGGUCAUGACGAUCUCGGUCACGAUGCUCCUGCUCACGAUGCUCGUGCUCACGAUUCUCGUGCUCACGAUGCUCGUGCUCACGAUGCUCGUGCUCACGAUGCUCGUGCUCACGAUGCUCGUGCUCACGAUGCGCGUGGUCACGAUGCUUGUGCUCACGAUGCGCGUGCUCACGAUGCUCGUGCUCAUGAUGCGCGUGCACACGAUGCUCAUGCUCACGAUGCUCGUGCUCACGAUGCUCGUGCUCACGAUGCUCGUGCUCACGAUGCGCGUGCUCAUGAUGGGCGUGGUCACAAUGCGCGUGGUCACGAUGCACGUGCUCACGAUGCUCGUGCUCACGAUGCUCGUGCUCACGACGCUCGUGCUCACGAUUCUCGUGGUCAUGAUGCUCGUCGUCAUGAUGCUCUCGGUCACGAUGCUCGUGGUCACGAUUCUCUCGGUCACGAUGCUCGUGGUCACGAUGCUCGUGCUCAAGAUGCUCGUGCUCACGAUGCUCUCGGUCAUGAUGCUCGUGCUCAUGAUGCUCGUGCUCACGACGCUCGUGCUCACGAUGCUCGUGGUCAUGAUGCUCGUCGUCAUGAUGCUCUCGGUCACGAUGCUCGUGGUCACGAUGCUCGUGGUCACGAUGCUCGUGGUCACGAUGCUCGUGCUCACGAUGCUCUCGGUCACGAUGCUCGUGGUCACGAUUCUCUCGGUCACGAUGCUCGUGGUCACGAUGCUCGUGCUCAAGAUGCUCGUGCUCACGAUGCUCUCGGUCACGAUGCUCGUGCUCAUGAUGCUCGUGCUCACGACGCUCGUGCUCACGAUGCUCGUUCUCACGAUGCGCGUGCUCAUGAUGCGCGUGGUCACAAUGCUCGUGCUCACGAUGCGCGUGGUCACGAUGCGCGUGUUUACGAUGCUCGUGGUCACGAUGCUCGUGGUCACGAUGCUCGUGGUCACGAUGCUCGUGGUCACGAUGCUGGCGGCGCACAAUGGGUGGUCGUUUGA